CUUUCUUCUACAGCAGUCCGUCUAUCGACCUAAUUCCACCUUGUUACCUCGCACCUAAUGACCGACCAUAACCUUUCCUCCCCCUGAUUCCGGGCGGCGACAUAUCUGCAUACUUCUGUCUUUCUGGCGAUGCGCUCAGUCUUUACCAUGGACGAUGGCGACCCUCUACUUCUCAAGCUCGGGGCAGCAGCUGCAACUCGAUACCUCCAAUCUCGCAACGAUCGAUGACUUCAAAACUGCCGUGUCCAAAAACAGCUCCAUUCCCGCGCAGUACCUCAUCGCACUCACGCCCCAAGGGAAACCGCUGAAACAACAGGACCUGUCGUCCGAGACACCAGAAAUCUAUAUUUACGAUAUCCGAAUAUCUCAACCUGCAGCCCCGGGCAGUCCGUCCUCUGUCAGCGUCGAGAUCGGGCUUCCAAAGCCUUACAGCUUACCCGAGCCUCCAAACCGGAUCAACGACACCAAGUCACUACAAUCAUGGCAAGAGCUGUUCAGGUCGCGCCGGGCAUGGGCUGCGAGGGCGAUGGACGACUGUGCCUCGAUGGCGCAGGCCGCAAGAGACCGGUACGGCGAGAUGGAUGUCAUGAUGCGCUGCCUUGAUGCUGCCGUCGCAAACCUCGAGUCCGUUGUCAAGACGGUAGAGCCUAAGUAUCAGGAGCUCAGGAAGUGGGCCGACCCGGCCAAGUCCGAGUACAACACACUUGUCAAGAACUGGCAGUCAUAUCUGAGUCUGGCCCGCAGUAUACCCAUAAAUCCCGGCAUGGCUUCAUUCAUGACAGGCCGAAACUUCAGCUCCAAAAACGGCGCUGUCCGGCAGCCUACCUUGGAGGAUCUCCUGGACUUGGAUACCACGAGGAUGACGGGGCAACGGGCGCCACAGGCCCUGCGGAAAUUCAACCAGCGCCUCAGCGACUUGGAAAAGACGGCCGCACGCAUGGUCAAAAACUGCCAGGACGUCACUCGGGAUUUCGAGCGACUCAUAGAACGCUCUGCCAUGUCUCACGAUGGCGAGGCCGCACAGCUACUUGAGGAUAUUGCGGCUGUGGCCAAGAAGGUGGAUGCCGACCAUGAGACGACCAUGGAGCUCACAAACACCCCACGAGAUCUCCUGCAGGCUUCAAAGCUUGCCGCGACUCACACGGAGCGGUUGUUACCAAGUAUCCGCGCUAGAGCCCUUGAGAUGGAUGAGAUGCUUCGGUACGCAGCCCAACAGCGGAAUAACCUUGCCUUGGAGUCCGUAGACUUCAUGCGUAGUAUCACCGACAUAACGUCUCUCACGACCACCGUCAAGUCCCAGAUUAACGUACUCAGUUCGGAGGAAGAGCUGGCUACUUUCGACUACUUGAGACUUAUCCAGCAAGUUCCCUUCAUGUACGCGUCCUUCACCGCGGAAGCCUUGAAGCGAGGCGACUGGUACGAGAAGGUCAAGGUGGAUGCGUCUACUCUGGCAAAUGAAAUGUCUCUGUUCCAGGACGAGGAGAUCAAACGCCGGAAAAAGUGGCUCAAGACUGUCGAAAAUCUUUACGGCCCACAAACGACUUCUGGCGAAGGCAAUAUUGCUGGCCUGGAGGUCAACCUAUUAGGGCAGGAGGAAGAGUGGCCAACCAUGAACAAGCAGGAAUUGACAGCCUUCUACGAGGCUCUCCAGAAGCAGAAGGCCGAACAGGAUCUACUCGAUGACAUUGGCAAACUGAUUGUGGACCUGAACAAUCCGACAAAGCAGCAAUCGAAAAGGUUGAAAGCCUUCAAGAACGGGAGCAUCCACGAAGCGUCCUUGGGCAGGAGUGGUCUGCUGAUUCGGGGCGACGAGGAUGUUCUCCGAUCGCUACAGGAAGAAAAGCAGCGUGUCGAAAACAAACUCAAGACCGCGGAGAGCCGUGUGCGACGCUUAGAGGACUUACUUCACAGGCAGAGCCAGGCUUCCAGGCCAACGUUUGGAAACAUGUUUCAAUCCCCAAGCCAGCAACUUCCCGAGCGAAGCGGCUCAAGCGCCUCCGUGCAGAGAGCAGCCGAGGACCGAAGGCGCUCAUCAUCGGACUUUCCAGAGGGUCUUAUGCAGCGCAUCCAGCAGCUUGAAAGCGAGCUGAGUGCUGAGAAGCAGAAAUCUGCUGCUUUCGAGAAGGACCUGAAUGCUCGCACAAACCAGCACGAGACCUUCAAGGACCAAAUAGAAGAAGCCAAUGCUACCAAGAAGGAUCUCCUGGAGAACAUGGAGGCUUUGAAGAGGGAGUCUGUCGAAGAGCGCAAAUCCCUCGAAGACGAGAUCAAGAACCUCAAAGCGCGACUUGAGGACACCGAAGACGAGAUGGAGCAGGCCGGCGAAUCCCGAGAACAUGAGAAAGCGGGUUACGAUGGCACGGUCCAAGCCCUGGAGGAUGAGAUAGCGCAGCUGACCAAGGAGAGACGCGACGAAGAGCUGAAGUACCAGGGACAAGUCGACUUUCUCAGGAAAGAGUCCAAACUUCAGCGGGAACAGGUCGAGGAACUGGAGAAACGGAACCAAGCGGUGCAAGACGAGAACAAGGACCACAGUCAGCAACUGGAGGCCGCCAGAAAGGCUGCAGAAUCUCAACUACGAGUGUUGCAGGACUUGCAUCGACAACUCGAUCCCGGAGGACCCAUUCCAGAGGACCCAGAAGAACUCGUCGAAAGUCUGGCUAAUAAGUGCUCUGAUGUUCUCACUAAGGCUCAAGAUGUAGAGGCCAACCUUACCCUGGUACAUUCAGAACUGCACUCAGCCGAGGUCACCGUCAAGGAUCUUCGCGCCGAGAUAUUGACAGCCAAGGAGUCUUUAGCUAAAGAGGAAGGCUCAACAAUGCAACUGCGAGAGGAGCUUGGCGAAGAGAAAGCUCGUGUAGCGGCAGUUGAAGGCGAGCUCGACGAAACGCGCAACCAGCUCAACGUCCUCCGAGUCAAGAUCGCAGACGGGGAGACCGGCUCGGAGAGCCUACGAAAGAGGCUCGAAGAGGACGAGAGAAAGAUCACAACAAUGACGGAAGAUCUUGCGUCGAAACAAUCCCAUGUCGGAAGCCUUGAGGAGGAGCUUCACCUGUUCAAAAGCAAGCUUGACGAGUCGCAGCGCAAACUGGCUGUGCUCAGCGACCGAUUCGUGGCGCGAACAGAGCAUGCCAAAGACCUCACCCAGAAGCUCUACACUCAAAAUGAUCGUCUCAAGCGUCUGUUGGAAAGACUUGGUUUCUCGGUCAAGCGACAGGACGGCAACAUGGUUAUCCAAAAGAUUCCCCGCGCAGAGCGGUCUGUACAGAAUCUCAAUGAUUCUGUGGAUCCUGGCGCCUCUCUCCGCCGGUCAGGGACCCUCGCGCAGACCCCAGAUAGCAGUGAUCUCGAGUUGCUGUACUGGAUGAACAACUCAGACGCGGACACCGAGGCGGAGAAAUAUCAGGCCUUCAUGUCGGAGCUUGGCGGCUUCGACAUGGAUGCGUUUGUAGAGACCAUCUACAAGCGGGUCAAGGACAUUGAGCACAUGGCUCGGAAGCUACAGCGCGAUGCUCGAUCUUACCGCGACAAAGCCCACGCCCAUCAAAAGGACGCGCAUGACAAGAUCGCCUUCAAAAAUUUCAAGGAUGGCGACCUGGCCUUGUUUCUGCCGACUCGAAAUCAGAUGACCGGAGCUUGGGCGGCUUUCAACAUUGGGUUCCCACAUUAUUUCCUCCGCGAGCAAGAAGCGCAUAGGCUGCGCAACAGAGAGUGGCUGCUCGCCCGCAUUAGUCGCAUCCAAGAACGAGUCGUGGACCUAUCCAAGAGUCUGAGUAACCAGGCCUCGGGCAAUGGCGCCGCCGAGACAGACUCUGUUGACGAUGAGAAUGAUAACCCCUUCGAUCUUUCGGAUGGUCUGCGAUGGUAUCUCAUAGAUGCCCACGAGGACAAGCCCGGUGCACCCUCAACCCCGGGGCUUGGGAAGAGCACGGUCGCUGCUAAUAAGGUCGACGCGGUGGCAGAGCGGGCGCAGGUCCGGUCAGCAUCUGGCAAGGGCCUCGGGCUGGGGGGCCGCGGCCCAACUGGGAUCGACGGGGUGAGCAAGACUCUUUCUAAGAGCCUCGAGAGUCGCCGCUCCAGCACGAGUUCUAAGAAGGCCCUUCCCUUCGGCAUUGGCGCGGGCGGGAAGGCUAGUGGGCUCGCGAGCGAAGCCAAUUCCAUACGGGCCGCACCGGCAGACUCGCCCGACCCUCCUGCUGAGGGCAGCGGCCAGCAAGCACAAACCACCACAGAGCAGACUAAUGGCGGGGGCGAAGACCAGGCACAGGAACAAGCUCAGGUUGAAGGUGCUACCGCUGCGGAAGCGGAUCAACAGGGGCAGCGGCCGCUGCUAGACAGCGCAGCCGCGGGCACCGAGGGCCGCCGACUCCGGCUUCCUACCCUGGCGCAAGCACGCCAGCAACAGAGACCGUUGACGCAGCAGCAGCAGCCGAAUGGCGGCUCAGCAGAAGCUUCGGGCAGCAGCCCACCUCCUAAUAAGACCAAGAGGAAGAGCGUUAUAUGGGACUCGCUCUGGAGCCUGGACCUGAGCUAUGAGAGCGGGCGGAAAGGGAAAUAAUCCGUGUGCCACGACGUGAUGACGAGCAGAGGCUCACGGAUUAUAUCACGGCGUCUCGGGCAUUGGUUCGUAUAAUUGUUGUUGGAUGGACCGUUGGGGACUGGUUUUGCAUGCGUGGCAUAGAAAGUCGGUGCAUUGCAUUGGUGGUGUCCGGCAUCAUGAGAACAGACCUACGCCAUUUAUAUCUAAGUAUAUUUACCUCCCAUUAGCGUUUUGAAAUUCAGGAUGACCUACUGGCCGGUCUUAGUAUGGGAAACAAGGGAAGGCAUCCAUCGAUGAUAAUCGGUAUUGUGUACUGUACAUGAUUUGCCCAUGAGCGGACUCGGGGCGGAACCAAGUGAGUAGGCGGAGCGGGAAGCAAAGAUGAGUCUUAUAAUCAAUCAUUGAUCUUCCAGUGGGGCACUA